GACCCGCCCCACCGGCGCUGCCGUAACCACUGUCUCGGCUGCAGCUGCACCUUCUCCGGCGAGAGGCGAGCACUGCACGGUGGGCCUGGCGGCAUGGCUGUGUCCUGGAGAAGCUGGCUGGCCAAUGAAGGGGUUAAACACCUCUGCCUGCUUAUCUGGCUCUCCCUGAACGUUUUGCUUUUCUGGAAAUCCUUCCUGCUGUAUAAUCAAGGGCCAGAGUAUCACUACCUCCACCAGAUGUUGGGGCUAGGAUUGUGUCUAAGCAGAGCCUCUGCAUCUGUUCUUAACCUCAACUGCAGCCUUAUCCUUUUACCCAUGUGCCGGACACUCCUGGCUUACAUUCGAGGAUCCCAGAAGGUUGCAAGCAGGAAAACUAGAAGAUUGUUAGAUAAAAGCAGAACAUUCCAUAUAACCUGUGGUGUUACCAUCUGUAUUUUCUCAGGGGUGCACGUGGCCGCCCACCUGGUGAAUGCCCUCAAUUUCUCAGUGAACUACAGAGAGGAUUUCGUUGAACUGAACGCAGCAGCAUACCGAGAUGAGGAUCCCAGAAUUCUUCUCUUCACAAGUGUUCCAGGCCUGACAGGAGUUUGUAUGGUACUGGUGCUCUUCCUGAUGGUCACAGCUUCCACGUAUGCAAUGCGAGUUUCUCAGUAUGACAUCUUCUGGUACACUCAUAAUCUCUUCUUUGUCUUCUACAUGCUGCUGAUGUUGCAUGUUUCAGGAGGAUUGCUGAAGUAUCAAACUAAUUUAGAUACCCAUCCUCCUGGCUGCAUCAAUCUUAAUAGAACCCGCAACCGGAGUAUUCACUUACCCGAAUAUCUCUCAGAACAUGUUCAUGAAUCUUUCCCUGGAGGAUUUUCAAAACCAGAUGAGGUUACCCGGAACACAUCUGUGAAGAUAUGUAUGGAAGAGCCCAGAUUCCAAGCUAAUUUUCCACAGACUUGGCUUUGGAUUUCUGGACCUUUGUGCCUGUAUUGUGCUGAAAGACUUUACAGGUGCAUCCGGAGUAAUAAGCCAGUCACCAUCACCUCGGUCAUAAGUCAUCCUUCGGAUGUCAUGGAAAUUCAAAUGGUCAAAGAAAAUUUUAAAGCCAGACCUGGCCAGUACAUUAUUCUACAUUGUCCCAGUGUGUCUGCAUUAGAAAACCAUCCAUUUACCCUCACAAUGUGUCCUACUGAAACCAAAGCAACAUUUGGGGUCCACCUUAAAAUAGUAGGAGACUGGACAGAACGAUUUCGAGAUUUACUGCUUCCUUCAUCUAGUCAAGACUCUGAGAUUCUGCCCUUUGUUGAGACUAGAAAAUAUCCCAAGCUGUAUGUUGAUGGUCCAUUUGGAAGUCCAUUUGAGGAAUCGCUGAACUACGAGGUUAGCCUCUGUGUGGCUGGAGGCAUUGGAGUAACACCAUUUGCGUCAAUACUCAACACCCUGCUGGAUGACUGGAAACCAUAUAAGCUUAGAAGACUGUAUUUUAUCUGGGUGUGCAGAGACAUCCAAUCCUUCCGUUGGUUUGCCGACUUACUCUGUGUAUUGCAUAAUAAGUUUUGGCAAGAGAACAGACCAGACUAUAUCAACAUCCAGCUGUACCUCAGUCAAACAGAUGGGAUACAGCAGAAAAUAAUUGGAGAAAAAUAUCAAGCACUGAAUUCAAGACUUUAUAUCGGACGUCCUCAGUGGAAACUUGUGUUUGAUGAAAUAGCAAAAUUUAACAGAGGGAAAACGGUUGGUGUUUUUUGCUGUGGACCCAAAUCAAUUUCUAAGACUCUUCAUAAACUGAGUAACCAAAGCAACGCAUAUGAGACAAGAUUUGAAUACAAUAAAGAGUCUUUCAGCUGAGAAUUUUCGCCGUAAACCAGGACUCUGAAGAAGGAAUGUGUGCAAUUUCUAAGACUUUGAAGUUCAAACAGCCAUGUCAUUCCAAAGAGUAGCAAGACUUCCUUAUUUAUGAUUAUUUAAAGUAGAAAUGCAGAGAAGUGGCCAGAUGACAGGUCACAUUACAUGUUUAAUCUGGAAACCAAAGAGGCCCUUUGAUGUGAUUAUUCACUUUUCAGCGCUAGAAUUAAAACCAUUAGAUGUGCACUGUUGAUUUUUAUGGCAGAUUCAGGAACUCCCCAGUGAGGAGCUACACUUGCUCACUAUGAGGCUGAUAGCCUUGGUCCUCUUUAAAUUGUUUUUGGUUGAACAAAUGCAAGAUUGAACAAAAUUAAAAAUUCAUUGAAACCGAGAUUACAUUUUCUACAUAAGUAUAAACAGAGUUGAUUUAGAAAAGCUCCAGGCAAAUAUAUUAGAUGUUUGAAGAUACAGCACAGGACUCUAUUGAUACGGGUACUUUGUGUCAAUAUCUAAUCUUGCUCACUACUGAUACUAAUACCUCUAUUUGAUGUCUGUAGACUUCAUGUUGAAUGAAUCUUUUACAGUUGUUGAUAUAGUAUCUAUUUUUAUAUAUUUCUCUUCCCCCACCCCCCUCUGUCUAGGGAGGUCUUUCCUCCCUUGGCAUGCAUUAAGCACAAUGAUUUAAUCAGUCAUUUUCACCCUCAAUUUAUUUAAUCAAUUACUGUUGCAUAAUAAUGAAAAAUUAUUAUUACUAUAAAUUAUAAAGGGAUAUAUAGACUAAGUUUUUUCCCUUUUCAGCAUUGUGAUCUCUAUUGUUUGUAUUUACUUUUGUAUCCAGCAUAGUUUGUCUUAGUUUUUAGCUUCUUAAGGUACUUCAUUUAAUUUGCACUUUGAGACCAAAGCUCAGUGUCUAUCUGUGGUCACUCAGACAGACAGAAGAUGUUGGAGACAUUGAAAGUGUACUCACACAUCUAACAGAAAAUCUGUAUUUUACUUCCUACAAAAGAUGAAGUACUUCAUUAGUUAUUCAUUUCUAAGUCCAGAAUCAAGCAUAUUAUUGCUGAACUACCUUGUGUUUGGGUUCUCAAGAGAGAAUUACUGAGUUUAAAGUCAUUGUUGGCAUUUCUCUAUGUUAACCUAUCGGUUCAUGUUCCCUGCCCAUUAUAGUCUUGGCUCACAGGAAAAAAUUAAUUCACUUUAUUACCUUAAGAAUUAAGGCAUUUUUUUUUCAGCUUAGUGAUUUUGUUUUGUGGACGUAUACCAGUGGCUAUCAAAUGUAGCAUAUUGCCAAAAUCAGCAGCAUGAUCGGUGUUGCCUUUGUUUAAAUUUGCAUGAUACCAUAUUAGAUGCUACUGUCAUCUUUUGCAGGGAUUUACCAAUAGCAAUCAAGGCUGUUAAAGCAUCCAGCAUUGAAUGCCCAUAAAUAUAUUACUUAUAGAUAUUUCCUUCUCCCUUUGGAAUUCUUUCUUCUCCCUUCUGAGGAAGACUAAUCAGAAAAAGACAUGGGAAAUGUGCAAUGUUCCUGAAGAUUUAGCUCUGAAAACAUAUUUAAUAAACAGCACAUCUUGGUAACAUUUUCUAAAUUCAAAAUAGUUUUCAUAUAAACACAUAACAGGAAGGACUACUAAAAAGAAACUUGGUAAAGACAAUGUGCAAUACUGACUCUUUUGAUCAUAAUUUAUUUGAUUAUAUUAAUACAGCUAAUUUCAGUAAACCAAGUGGAAGAUUUUUCAGAAGAAGAGUAAUCUAAGUAAGUAGGUCUGCUAUUCUAAAUGAGCCACUUUACCUAUUUUAAAUUCCAGUUGAUGCUCAAACAUUGUGUUAACAGGUAAUUUUUGCUUCUGUAGAUAGCUUCUGUAGUUUGCUUCAUCGUGUAUGUAUAUGAAAGCCUUGUUUUGUUUUGAGAAAUCCUUUCUCUCUAGCUAAUUCUUGUCACACAGAUCUUAAAACACUAAUUUUGGUGGCAAUAAAUGUUAGAAUUAAAAUGCUGUUCUUUAAAUCUCUGUAUGUUUACUUUCCCUUCACAAAAAAUAAAACAGGCAGAGUUUCUUCACCAGAUAAUGCAAGUUGCAGAAACAUUUAUGUGAGUGUGUACUGGUGUGAACAGCCCUGGGUGUUCGUGUUCUGGGGUUGUCAGUGUCACUGGUUAAGGAUAUGACUAUGGAAAAUUGCUCCUCACUCUGGGAUUUCUCAUUUGGACGAGAUCAGUGCUCAAUUAGUCAUUUUUAGGAAAUGUAUCUUUUUGAGGACAUCAUUAAAAAGACAUAUUAUGGCAUACAUACAAAAUAUACAGACAGCCUUGGGGGUCCCACAAACAAUCUCAAAAUUGAAGUUUGGACCCCUGUUUUAAGAACCUCUGAAGAAAAUUAUCAUCAUUAUAAGUAUUUUUAAAACUCUACCUUUUUUCUUUCAUUUUUGGAAUAAACUAUCAAUUUUUAUAGACUAUACUAAGAAAUUAACUCAGUGAACAAAGGAAAGGAAAUUCUUUUUGUAUCCCCCCAAAGAAUCUGAUAGACUCUUUCAUCAGUUUUUAAUCUUCUUGGGUCUCUUGCUUUAUGCAAAGCAAGGCUGUGAUUUUACAUACCAGUAAUAAUAAAAAAAGUUUCAUACACACACACACACACACACACACACCCAAAACACAUAAGUUUGGGCCUUAGUUUUUAUGAGGUUUUUUUUUUUGGUUUAAAAAUGACAUGAUUGAUGGUUUUUCAUGCCAUGAUUUUAAAUUCCAGUUGGGUGAUUUUGAUAGUUUAGGCUCUUAAAAUAAAGAAAUACAAGCUAUACAAAAGCAUAGUCUGAAUGGAUCUACUCCAUAUAUCCACACUAUUUGUACCAUCCCCCCAAAUCAGUGUUUACUGGGAGCCGUCACAGCAGGUACUUGAUUUAAAUUAUAAGGCAUUGUUAAAGAGGCUUGCUAGAGGCAAAAGGCUAGCUACUGUCAUCACUAGACAAUGCUGGUGUUAAAGGAUAUUGCUUAUAUUAGAGGAAAAAAAUUAGAUAAUUGUUUUUCCAUAAGGAUGGUUAACUCAGCUGAACAGUGAGUUUUCUAACCACACCGGUAAGACAUUUUCACCUGCUUCUCAUGACAAACAGUCCAUUUUCUUAUGCUAUCGAGAGCACUCUUAUACCCAGUUAUGUUAGAGAAGCAUGAAAUGCUAAAGUUAGGAGUACUGCUACUUUGCAGUUGAGGAAACUAAGGUCCAAAGGAAGAUGGUAACUUGCUUCAAUUCAUGCACUGAGUUUGUCACAGAGUAAAAAGGAGCUCAGCUUUCCUAACCUUUGCUACUGAAAGACUCUUCCACUUCCCCAUGAAAUAUAUACAUCUAAUAAGACACAUCUAGUACCAUCCAUUUGAUCUCCAUAAACUCUAGUGCUAGGUGGAAAAGAGGUACUGAAUGUUAAUUCUAGGUUCACAGCAGAAAAUCGCACUCUUCUCUAUACGUAUAUCUUCUGAUUCUAAAUUUGUUAGACACUUAUUUUCCCUAUUAAAAUCCAUUUUCUUGUAUCAGUUUUAAAACAUGACAAUU